AGUCAUGACUCAGACCCCAGCCGAUGGCUGCACCCAGCUGACCUUGACCUUUGCCCUUCUCCUCUCCCUCGGCAUGUUGUGUUGGCCCCUGGGAGAGGUCAGGGGUCAGACGGAGCUCCCUCCUGCUCUGAUCCUGCAGGAUCUGCUCAGCCGCUAUGGAGAGAACGGGACCAUCUCGGUGCCGCAGCUCCGGUCUCUCCUCGCACACCUCAGCACGGAGCAGAGCGCAGAAAACACGCCGGCCACGCCGAACAACUCGGCGUGUUUAGCUGCAGGCACUCUGGCAGCUCACGGUUUGAGUGAGAAGUCCCGUUUGGACGGGCUGGGCCUGCAGGAGUUCUGUCCCACCAUGCUACAGCAGCUGGACUCUCGAGUGUGUCAAGAUGAACAGAACCAGGAACCAGAACCGAGCGCCAAACCGUCCAACGCUGAAGUGUGGGGUUACGGGUUCGUGUGUGUAACGGUGAUCUCGCUGUGUUCGCUGCUUGGUGCCAGCGUGGUGCCCUUCAUGAGGAAAACCUUUUACAAACGGCUGCUGCUCUACUUCAUAGCUCUGGCCAUCGGGACUCUUUAUUCCAACGCGCUCUUUCAGCUCAUCCCCGAGGCAUUUGGUUUCGACCCCAUGGAGUCGUACUAUGUGUCCAAAUCUGCUGUCGUCUUUGGAGGGUUCUAUCUGUUCUUCUUUACGGAAAAAGUCCUCAAGAUGAUCCUUAAACCGAAACACAGGGGAGGACAUGGUCACAGUCAUUUCCCAGUGGGAAACGGCGAUGUGGAGGACGGAGUGAUGGAGAAGCUGCAGAAUGGAGAGGCAGGAGGAGCUGUGUCCUUGCCUCAAGUGGACGGAGAGAUCCGAGAGGACGAUAAAAUGCUGGGUGCUGGAACGGCACAGGUGAGGACGCAAGACGUGAAACAGAUGUCUGUCCUCUGUCUUCAUGCUUUAUUUAUAUCACUCGACUCUCAGGGGGGGUGUUACUGGUUAAAGGGUCGAGCGUAUUCUGAUAUCGGGACCCUGGCGUGGAUGAUCACUCUCAGUGAUGGACUCCAUAACUUUAUAGAUGGUUUGGCCAUCGGAGCCUCGUUCACUGCCUCGGUGUUCCAGGGAAUCAGCACGUCAGUGGCCAUCUUGUGUGAGGAGUUUCCCCAUGAACUGGGUGACUUUGUGAUCCUCCUGAACGCAGGAAUGAGCAUCCAGCAGGCUCUGUUCUUUAACUUCCUGUCAGCGUGCUGCUGUUAUUUGGGAAUGGGAUUCGGGAUACUGGCAGGAAACCAGUUUUCACCGAACUGGAUCUUCGCUCUGGCAGGCGGAAUGUUCCUCUACAUUGCCCUGGCUGAUAUGUUUCCGGAGAUGAACGAAGUGAGCCGUGAGGAAGAGGAAGCUGGAGGAAGAGCGAACCUCAUGACCUUUGCCAUCCAGAACGCCGGCCUGCUAACCGGUUUCAGUAUCAUGCUCCUCCUGACUGUUUAUUCAGGACAGAUACAGCUCGGAUAGCACCGAACGUGAUGGACUCAACUUGACCUUUUAACCUUUAACCCUUCCCUCAGAUUGAGGAUCUGCCCAAUGAGAAGUGAGUGCAGGACUCGGAUUUGAGCUCCGAGUCUGAUAUUAACUGUGCAAUGUUGAAUAAACUCAGUGCAGCUGCUGAUAGGCUCGAGGAGAAAAAAAAUUCACUCUGAGCCAAUCCCGAUGCAAAUGUAACUGAACAACUUUAACUGACGUACAAUAUGCAUUCAUGGUUUUUUUUCCUCGUUUUUCUCUAUUUUGUGACAUUUUUUCUUUCGUUUUUCUCCCUUCUUUCCUUGUGAGAAUACUUUUUGAUCAUGUCCACAUUUGAGCUGCUUCAGCUCCAUGUUUAGUCAGUUGUCAUGUCAUUUUUAACGCUCAAAGUUUAAUUUCAGUGCUACGAUUGAAAAGUAUUUGACGUUCACUGACCGUGUUGUAGACUAGCUCAAGUCCUAUACACCUACUGUAUAUCCCUGUGCACAGAGAAGCAAGUUAUUGGUUUCAUUCUCAUCUCCUGCUCGCUCUGGACACGUACUGAUAUAAAACAUAACGUUUUGCAAAUCUCAACCGAGGCGACGAGACUGAAACGCAAAUCCAUGUUUUACUUCUUUGCUGUGUUCCAAUCCGGUUCCCACUACACCCUUGUUGACUUCCCUAACUCGGACGUACUCACAGUUUAACAGAAGAAGAACCAUACAGUUAAAGCCAUUUCUACAGUGUUCGGCAUGUCUUGUAGCUUGCGUAUAUAACAUUUAAGACGCAUCCUUCAAAAAUAGUUUGAUAGAUUUCGCACAAACAGGCAAGAUUUUCUCCAAGAUCCUGUCAUCAGCUUAUGUUAGCCAGAUAGAAGGCGCACUGAAGAUUUUUAAAUACCAAUAUGAUGAAAUAUAAUCCCAAAUCACGUCCAAUUAGCUCACUAUCCUGCUCACGUGUUAGCAAAUUAACUUUUACAAAUACAAGUUAAGUCCUCUCAGAACUCCCGUCGCUAGUUCAUGUUAAAGUUAUGACUUUAAAUACUCUGUCAGUUUAGCUCAGCUCAUGUUUAUCAGCUAGCUAGCAUUGGCAGAUAAAUAUUUAUGACCUGAAAUCCUCUCAGAAACCCUCAAAUUUCACUCAAAGAAGCAAGAUUUUCUUAUAUCCUGUCAUCGGCUGAUGUUAACAAGCUAGCUAGAACUUUGAUGAUGUGAAAUCCUGUCAGAAAUUCUCUCAGGAUAGUUUACGCUAACCUGCUCACUAGUUGGCUUAGUUUUAGCAAAGUAAGUUUAAGCUAAAAUCCUGUUGCUAGUUCAUGUUAGCCAGCUAGCUAGAGUUAUAACCUAAAAUCCUUUGGGAAAUCUUGUCCGAAUAGGUCAUUUUAGGCAGCUAAGCAUUCCUGAAUAUGACUUAAAAUCCUCUCAGAAAUCCUGUCUAUUAGCUUGUGUUAGUGAGCUGGCUAGCAGUAGCAGCUGAAUAUAUGUGUCAGAAAACAGAAUCCAGGGACACAUGUCGGCCCGGGGGCAUUUUGAGUUAUUGACAGAUUCAGAAAGUACAGUUUCUAAGCUUUCCAAUGAUGCCUUCCAUGUGGAGAUCUGACAAUAUUUGAAGAAUGUGUGGCCUUUUGAAAGUGUAUACUUCUUAAAACAGAAAAGGGAGAAAAUCGCCCUCAAAGUUUUCCAUCUCAGCUACUCUGGGUGCAGGGCGGGCACAUAAUGGUGCUCAUUUGCAUGACAUUAAAGAAAGCCCUACCCCCUACGAGCUAGCACGAUACUACUUUCAUGUAAACAAAGAUCACCACGUCAAUUUUCCUUCCAUGCAAAGUAUGCCCAACACAAUUAUGAAGUACAAAAAUAAGUCCUAAAGUAUACUUUAACGCUUUGUGGUUGAAAAAUUACUCACACCGUAAGAAAGAAAGAUAGCACGAUAAUGACACAACUAACACAACGCUAGUUUCAUGUAAAGCCUCGGUCACAACCGGCCGUACCGUGCUCCUACGGCCGGUCUACACGCAAAAAACGCAAGAAACGCACGAGAGCGCGCGUGAAACGCACGAGAGCGCGCGUGUGAUGUGCUGAUUUUCGAGCCGCAGACCGGCCGCAGAGGUUCUUUGUCAUGUCAAACAAACUCUACGGGCGCUUACGUUUUUUUCAGGUUGCAAGACAAACUUACGGCCAACGCGCGUCUUUCUCCGUGAACAAAAAAAAAACUGCAGCGAUUUGGGAAACGCCAAAAACCACACGGCCAAAAAAUCGUACGUCCGGUUGUGACCUAGGCUUAACCAAACCACAACACUCUCCGUUACAUGCAAAAAUAACCACACAGCCUUAGAUUAAUAAACUCACCCCAUCAGAAAGAGAAACGGCGCCUUGCACACACCAAUGCCUCCGAUGGAAUGUAGUCCUAGAACGGUCCGUGUAUCAUCCGAUCAUUCAAGUAUUCCAUUCAAUCUGGAAAACGAGGUUGCGGGUUUUUUUUGCUAGAAAUGGUUAUCUCCGAUGUAAAUACCGUGCGUCUGUUUGCUUCGCGGUGUUUCAGCUCCUCUGCGCUCUGUUUAGUAACUCAUUCCAUAGUGAAAUUACACGCCUGUAUGCAGGUUAAGUAGCCAUGCGCUCAACUCGUAUCAUACAGCUGAUUCGCGGAAAAAAAAACAAAAGACUUAAAUCAUCAUGUGAAUGGCCCAUAUGGUAAUUUACCCACACCCCCCAGCAGGCUACAGUCCUGACAAAAACGAGACAAUUUGCAACAAAAAAUGUAUGCUUUUCCAACAAAACAAUCUAUUAUCUGAAAUACUGAUUGCAUUCUUCAAGAUCUCAACUUGCACAUCUCAUUCUCAUCUCAUUAU